GACACCCUAGCGCUCAUCGCACACAUCGCCUGCACCCGAGAGUGCGGGAAAGCAUACUUUCUCCGAAGUAUUGGGCUUGCAGCUGCUGGGUAUUGCCAACGAAGAUAACGAAUCCGCCAAUAUUACUGAAUACAGACACGGAGAAGUCUGAUCUCACUUGGCCUGGGGAACGAUUUGCGCCACAACCUUAGCCGUGCGUCACUGUGCUUCACCGCGGAAGUAUCAGUUUUGGGAGUUGUGCAUCAACUUAUAUAACCUCCAGCUUCCGUUUGGAGUCGCAACUUCAGCAAGCGACUGCCGCCAACUUCCACAUUGCGUCUGUGAAGCAUCGCCAGCUUUACACUCUUUCCUCAGAAUUAUCAGCAUCGUACUAAGGCUCGACUUCUCGGGUGGUACUCAUCAUGCCGUUCGCUAUCAACAUGCUCUGGUCGGCACCAGAGAUCAACCCCUACAACAAGAAGGCCACAUCUAUUCCCGUCCUGAACCCAAUCAACAAAUACGGGCGGGUGUUCUUCUUCUCGUACUUGGGCUUCUUCAUUGCUUUCUGGUCAUGGUACGCGUUUCCACCUCUGCUGAGUAAGAGUAUCAAGGAGGACAUGCAUUUGUCGCAGGAUCAGAUUGCCAACUCCAACAUCGUCGCGCUAUGUGCAACACUUCUAGUCCGCUUCAUUGCGGGACCCAUGUGCGACCACUUUGGCCCGCGUAUCACAUUUGCUAGUCUGCUAUUCGCCGGCGCUAUCCCGACCGCCCUGGCUGGUACUGCACACAACGCCACAGGCUUAUACUUCAUCCGCUUCUUUGUUGGUAUUCUCGGCGGUACCUUUGUACCAUGCCAGGUCUGGACAACUGGAUUCUACGACAGAAACGUCGUCGGAACUGCCAAUGCUUUAGUCGGAGGCUGGGGUAACUCUGGUGGCGGUAUCACAUACUUCGUCAUGCCCGCUAUUUACGACUCUUUGAAAAGAGACCAGGGUCUCUCCUCGCAUGUCGCAUGGAGAGUUUCCUUCAUCGUUCCAUUCAUCAUGAUCACUGCAUGCGCUACCGGCCUCCUGCUGUUGACCGAGGAUACGCCUACAGGAAAGUGGUCUGAGCGCGGUGCAACCGUGGUAUCCAGCAGCGAUCAGGCCAACCAAGCCUCCGUAGUCCCCACGACUGGUGCCCUCGACGACAAGCCUGUGACCACUGGAUCGAUUUCUUCCAACGACGAAAAGAAGCGAGAGCAACCGGCCGCUGACGUAGAGGCUGGACGUGGUGAUGUUCAAGUCUUGGACGAAUUCCAGCACGAAGUCGUAGUCAAGCCUACUUUGAAAGAGGGACUGAAGGUUAUGUUCUCUCUCCAGACACUGAUGCUCUGCGCGGGCUACUUCUGCUCCUUCGGUGGUGAACUCGCCAUCAACUCUAUCCUUGGUGCUUAUUACCUCAAGAACUUCAAGUACCUCGGUCAAACACAAUCUGGACGCUGGGCAGCUAUGUUCGGCCUCUUGAACGUUGUUACCCGACCGCUCGGUGGUUUUAUUGCCGAUCUUAUCUACAAGGUUACCGGUCGCAACCUGUGGGCAAAGAAGUUCUGGAUCCACUUCGUCGGCGUCAUGUCUGGUAUAUUGUGCAUCGUCAUUGGCAAGGUGGACCCCCACAACCUCAGCGAAAUGAUCGGCCUAAUUGCGGUCAUGGCGAUAUUCCUUGAGGCGGGUAAUGGUGCGAACUUCGCGCUCGUACCUCACAUUCACCCUCACGCUAAUGGCAUCCUCUCCGGUAUCGUUGGCGCGACUGGUAACUUUGGUGGUAUCAUCUUCGCCAUCAUCUUCCGCUACCACAAGACGGACUAUGCGCAGGUUUUCUGGAUCAUUGGCAUCAUGAUCAUUGCACUCAACUGCAUGUUUAUGUGGGUAAGGCCUCUUCCCAAGGGCCAGAUUGGCGGUCGUUAGGAUUGGAUCAUGGCUUUUUGUUUGCUGUUUUAGCGUCGCUUCGUACAUAUGAUACCUUUCUUAAUCGCAACUUGCAUCCCUUGUGCAUUGGAUGGUUGACUUUGAUUUGAUCAGUUAUUAAGACGCAGCAUGACGGUAUGAUUGCAGUGAUAAGUAUUGGCUCCGCCUGUUUGAUCGCAAACAUGG